CUCGCGGGCUAAUGGGCUUACUCUACUUCACACGUAACCCUAACUCCUCUUUCUUCACUCUUCGCUUCUCAAAAACAGCCACCACCACUCUCCCAAUCUUUGUUGCCAACAACCACUCCCCUAAAUCUUCAAUUUCGUCGUCGAUUUCAUCAUCUUCGCCUAAAACCAUGGAUUUCGGUACCGACGCUCGUCACCCUCCGCCGGCUAUUUUCGUCGAUAAGCGCACUCGCGUCGCUCGUCACCCUCCGCUGGCUGUUUUCGUCGUAAUGGUGGAGUCCUUGACUUCAAAAAUCUGGGCAUGGGAGAAAGAAAGAGGAGUAGAGUUAUUUUAUGAUGGGGUCAGUCUACUGUCUCUGCUUGAGGACUACAACAUCUUGAGGGAAGAGAAGGAGAAAGAGCGUCAGAGGCAACGAGUAUCCCUUCUCCUCCCACGAAAAUAUUUCGAGAUUUAUAUUUUCGUAGCAUUAGUAUCUUACGAAUUAACAUUUCUUACUUCAGGACCAAAAGAAACUUCAGGGAAGACUUUUAGCAGAGCAGGAGGCUCUUUUCGGGUCAACACCAAGCCCAACAUAAAUGGGUGUUGGUGUAACUUGUAAGUUUCAAUUUUUGGGGUUUGUUUGUAUGUAAAAUGGGUUUAAAUAUUGCUAAUAUGAAGUGGGUUUUUGGAUUAGCAAAAGUAAGUUUUGAUUUUGUAUUAAUUUUAUAAGUUUGGAAGUAGUUUUUGUUAUUAUAUAUAAAUGUCAGUUUGUGAUUUUGUUAUAA